CCUCCCUCCCCCCCCGCGGGUGCGGACGUCCCCGCUCCGUUCAGCCCUCCAGGGAGCUCCGCCGCCGCCGCCGGACCGAACGGAACGGAGCGGGUCGGGCCGGGCCAUGACCCCCCCGUGCGCCGGAGCGCUGCGCUGCGCGGUGCUGUGCGCGGUGCUGUGCGCUCAGGGAUCCGCCGCCACCCGCGCAGAAUGCAGCGAGCUGCUGUCCUGUGAGCUGUGCACAGCCGCUCCUCCAGCACCCAACGGCACCGGCUGCCUCUGGGGGGGCUGUGGGGCACCAGAGACGUGGAGCUGCAUGCACAGCAGGGCGGCCGCGUGGGACACAUGUGUGCUCUACAACAGCACUGCCCUGUGCCCAGCAGCACUGAAAUCCCCCACCAAAGAGCCACCACGGUUCCCUAGCAAGGAGCCGACAACGCGUUCCCCACGGAGCAGCACCACGCGUGCCCCGCUGACGGGCAGCCCCGAGUUCCAGCCUCCAGGCUUCGACACGGCCAGCUUUGUGGGCGGCAUGGUGCUGGUGCUCAGCGUUCAGGCCGUCCUCUUCUUCAUCCUCAAGUUCAUCAAGUCCAAGGACAGCACCUACCAAACGCUGAUCUGAGCUCGGAGCGAUGCUCCCCUCACCCCCCCGGGGAGGUGGAGAAGAGACAACUGCUGUGUCUCCAUCCCAUGCCAGGACCACCCCAAAGCCCCCCCCCCCAGCUGUGGGACCCCCCCCUGCACCACAACUAUGCAAAGCUGGCUCUGCUCAGGGGGGGCUGCACCUGGGGGUGAAGGGGGGGGGCUGGGCCGUGUCACCAAGUCACCCAGCAGAGCAUGGGAUGCUGUUGGGGUGUUUCCAGUGCUCCUCGAUGGCGUGGGGGGGCUCAUCCCACCCAGCUUUGCCCCCCUCCACACACACACACUGCCAGGAGGAAGCUGUGGGGGUAGGAGGGUGGGGGCUGUUUGCCCCCCAACCCAGGGCUGGCACUGUGGGGGCAGAGACCCAAUAAAGGACUUU